CCCCGCCCCGCGGCCCGAGUCCCGUUUUGGCGCCAAACCUCAGCGUUCUGGGUCGGCGUUAGAAUCCUGUCAGCUGAGGGCCGGAAAGCCUGAGUGGGGGGCGUAAGAGAUUCGCUUCGACAGUCCGGGGCCACCGUGGGUCUGAGCGGAGCGGGUGGCCGAAAGGGAGAGGCCGUGAGGCUCUGAGGGGCCUCCGCGUUGGGAGAGCGCGCCGAGAGCUGGUGUCGCUGGUGUCGCGUGGGUCGCGUGGGUCGCGGGGCCGGGGCCGGAGACCCGCGUUCCGUGCGCGGCCCGGAAGGCAUCUCGGAUCUCAGCCGUUUCCCGCCUCCGUAUUUGAGUCGCGUGGAACCCUGGCGGUCUCGCCCCGUGACGGGAGCAUCGGGGGUCGGGGGACGCCCCGGGGAGAGGAGGGUCCCCGCCGCCCCGCCACGCCCCACGGCCCGGCGCUAGGUCGGUUCCUUGAGAAGCACCGGGACGGCCUUUCCGUCUGGUGCGGGCAGAACUGACUAUUUUUUAGUUGCUCACCUUUCACUAUGAAGGAGGAUCAGAUUGUGCUGGAAGAACCAGGAUUGCAAGAUGACGAGGAAUCUUUGUUUCAAGACAUUGACCUGUUACAGAAGCAUGGAAUUAACGUGGCUGACAUUAAGAAACUAAAGUCAGUGGGAAUCUGUACCAUCAAAGGGAUACAAAUGACAACAAGAAGAGCCCUAUCCAAUGUCAAAGGGCUUUCUGAAGCCAAAGUGGACAAAAUUAAAGAGGCAGCCAACAAACUGAUUGAACCAGGAUUCUUGACUGCAUUUGAGUAUAGUGAAAAGAGGAAGAUGGUUUUCCAUAUCACCACUGGGAGCCAGGAGUUUGAUAAGUUGCUAGGGGGUGGAAUUGAAAGCAUGGCAAUCACAGAAGCUUUUGGAGAAUUUCGUACUGGGAAAACUCAGCUCUCUCAUACCCUCUGCGUGACGGCUCAACUUCCAGGAGCAAGUGGCUACCCAGGAGGAAAAAUUAUCUUCAUUGAUACAGAAAAUACUUUUCGUCCGGAUCGCCUUCGGGACAUUGCUGAUCGCUUCAACGUGGACCAUGAUGCUGUGCUGGACAACGUACUCUAUGCACGUGCAUAUACUAGUGAACAUCAGAUGGAGCUACUUGAUUAUGUAGCUGCAAAGUUCCAUGAGGAAGCUGGCAUCUUCAAGCUAUUGAUCAUUGAUUCAAUAAUGGCACUUUUUCGAGUGGAUUUCAGUGGUCGUGGGGAGUUGGCUGAAAGGCAGCAAAAAUUGGCCCAGAUGUUGUCACGACUCCAAAAAAUCUCAGAAGAAUACAACGUGGCUGUUUUUGUGACCAAUCAAAUGACUGCCGAUCCGGGAGCGACUAUGACAUAUCGUAACACUUUAUCCCUUACUGCUUCAUCGUAUCUCGUUUAAGAACAAGAACAUUUUCCUGUGAAACCACAGCACAAUCACCACAUUCAGGAAGUUCAGUAUCAGCAUAACAGUGCUGCCUAACACGAGAGUCUCCAGCUUUCCUGACAAUGUGAUUUUGUGGUGUUGAGUUUUUUAUUUUGCUUUGUUUUCAAAUUAGUAUCAGUUACAGAUUGUGCAUUAUAUGUAGUUAUCAUCUCUCUCUAUUCUCCUUGCAUCAGAAGAGCUCCUCAACCUUUGUUAGACUUUCAUGGCAUUGACAUUUUUGAAGAACAGACCAAAUGUUUUGCAAUGUCUCUCAAUUUGAUUUUUCCUCCUCAUUAUUUAAAAUGUUAAACAUUUUUGGCAGGAAACCUACAUAAGUGAUAUUAUGGUCUUCUCAAUCUGUCAUCUCAGGAGGCACAUGAUGGUAGUUUGUUCCAUUAUUAGUGUUGUUAAGUUUGAUCAUGUGAUGAAAUGGUAUUCACAGAAUUUCUGCAUUGUCAAAGAGAAUUACAAAAUUUUCUUUUGUAAUUAAAUAAAUGAUUUGUGGGGCAAUAUUUUGAGACUGUGCAAAUAUCUUGUUCUGUAAUACCUUUCAUUCAUUUAUUUUAACAUCCAUUAAAUAUUCUUGGAUACAUAAUUUAUUAAAUUAUAUCAUCCUGAUGUUUGCAAUACAGAGUGAUAAUACAUUGAAACCUAGGCAUCCAGAUAGUGGCAGAUAAAAUGAGUCACUGACAUAUAUAAUUAAGAGAUAUUUGGUAUGCUGCUAUAAAUUAUAUAAAUUAUAAUAAAAUAUGUCUCUCUUUAUUUAAGCAUUUUCUAAACUUAACCCUAAUAGUAUUGCUGCAUCUUCUGCAGUAUUAUAUAUCUCUCACAUUUCAAAACACUUUUAUGAGUAUUUCCUACUUUAUUGGAAGAAAUUUCAAUGGUAUUAAGUUAAAAAGAUUGAGGAGGGGAAAAUCAGUCAUUUAUUUAUUCAACAAAUAUUUAUUGAAAAUAUACUAUGUCAAGAUUCUGGGAAUUCACUAGCAAAUGAAAGAGACAAAAAUAUUGCCUUCCAUUAAAAAAAAUGAUGUCCGUUUGGUUCAAAAUUGUAAAAUCUUGGUAAGUCACACAUAUGGUCUGGAGUAUACUCCUUGAGCAAGGAAGGCCAUCCUCAUUUUGUGGGGUAUCUUUCAUAUACAGGACAUAAAGCACCACAAAGAGAAUAAUUUUAAACUGAAGAGAAAUGGAAGAUUUUUAAGGUGCAAUUUAAAGAGAAAAAAAUGACUCAUUGGCUCAGAGGGAGGAAGUGGGUUGCAUUCAAAUAAAAGAAUGCUGUUCUUCAGGUGUAGGGAGGGAACAUUGAAGAGGUGAAAACUGUCACUCUAGAGUUGGAAGGCAGAAGACAUCGGUAGCAAUUAGGUCAAAUAGGGGUUCUUUUUCUUAUAUUUGUAGAAAGUUUCCAAAAGAGUAAAACCGUUUUGACUAACCCCCAUAAGACAAUGGAAGGAGAACUAGAGAGACGUCAGAAAGCAAAUAAGAAAGCAAAUAAUCGAAAAGAGCACUGGAACAGGGAGGAGAUGCAUACCGAAGUGAGCUAGGGGAGGAAGCGGAGGGAACAAAGGCUGCUGUGUUCACUGGGCGACUCCGCCUCACAACAUUAUCUCUUCCACCUGGCUGAGUCGUAAGGAAACAAGGUUCACUAUAAUUAGGACAUUCUGAGGGAUAUUAAAUGAUAACAAUACAAAUUAAAUACAUGUCUUCUUGUAAAACACAAAAAUUGCCACAUCCAGAUGAAAAAAAAUCAGGACAGUUUUAAACUAAAGGAUUUCAAAUGCUAUUAGAGAACCUCCCAUAAAGAAAAUAUCUUUGUUUCUCAGUGUGGAGUAACUCCAAGCUGCAGCUCGCCUGGGGCCUGUCAGAGAAAUACCACUAUAAUUGGUAUGAGUCCCCAAGUGCACUGACGAUAAUUGAGGCUUAUAUCCCAUGCAUUCUACUUGAUGGCACAUCGUAUUAAAAAGAAACAAAAUUAUAGAGGCAAGGAGUUGCCAUAUGAUACAGCAGAGCCAUAGACUCUAGAUGAGACUUACAGAUAGGGAGUUUAGAACUGGAAUGAUCUAGGCCCACAGAUAAAAAUCAAAGCAUCAGCUUUUCAAGCACUACACUAGGGCAAAUAAUAAGAAAAGCGACAAAUAAGAUUGUGAUAGUGCCUUCUAUAUCAUUUGUGUAUUUGUUUUCCUAAAAAAAAAAAGUCUUCAGGGGGCCGGCGCUGUGGUGUAGUAGGCUAAGCCUCUGAUCGUGGCACUGGCAUCACAUGUGGGCACCAGUUCGUGUCCCGGCUGCUCCUCUUCCAUCCAGCUCUCUGCUUGUGGCCUGGGAAUGCAGCGGAAGAUGUCCCAAGUACUUGGACCCCUGACCUCCCAUGGGGACCCUGGGAGAAAGCUCCUGGCUCUGGGCUUCAGAUUGAUUCUGCUUCAGCCAUUGUGGUGGCCAUUUGGGGAGUGAACCAGCAAAUGAAGACCUUUCUCUAUUGUCUUUCCCUCUCUAUCUGUUAACUACAUUUCAAAUAAAUAGAUAAAAUCUUAAAAAGUCUUCUUAGACCACUUGCAGUCUUAUAAAUGUGCAAUCAGUUGGUUUUUUAAGGAUGUCACUGACUUGACAUCACUAGCAUAAAUUAGAGGUAAUACGGUUCGAGAAGAAACACAGAACCAGAGUCACUAAUGUGGUGACCUUAUGCAAGUCUUUUAAACUGUUUGACCUUCAUAUUCUUCCCCUCCAAAACUGAGAGCUUUUACUUCUUACUUAACAUGCAUCAGGUACUUUCUUUUUUUUUUUUUAAGAUUUUAUUUAUUUAUUUGAGAGGUAGAGUUACAGAUAGUGAGAGGGAGAGACAGAGAGAAAGGUCUUAUGUCCAUUGGUUCACUCCCCAAAUGGCCACAACGGCUGGAGCUGCGCCGAUCCGAAGCCAGGAGCCAGGAGCUUCUUCCCGGUCUCCCAUGUGGGUGCAGCGGCCCAGGGACUUGGGCCAUCUUCUACUGCUUUCCCAGGUCACAGCAGAGAGCUGGAUGGGAAGAAGAGAAGCAGGGACUAGAACCGGUGCCCAUAUGGGAUGCCGGUGCCACAGGCAGAGGAUUAACCUACUGCACCACGGCGUUGGCCCGCACCAGGUACUUUCAUGUAUCAUCUCAUACACUUCUCAUGUGAUCUGCUGCAACUCAGCCUCCUGGAGCCUGCUUGUGCUUUUUAUGAAACAAAUCUCAGAUGUGGCUGCACCCCACCCCACAAAAAGCUCAGAAUUCCAUUUUCAAAAUGUUGAAAAAAGUAUAGGUUUUUUUUUUUUUUUUGCAUAUUUUGGGAGCAGACAUAAAGUGUUACUUAGCAAAACUUAUUAAACAUAACUUUUUUAAAAGAUUAAUUUUUUUUGAAAGUCAGAGUUAAAGAGAAACUGAGGGAGAAAGAUCUUCCAUCUGCUGGUACACUCCCUAAAUGGCCGCAACGGCCAGCACUGGGCCAGUCCAAAGCCUGGAGCCAGGAGCUUCAUCUGGGUUUCAAAUGUGGGUAGCAGGGGCCCAAGCACUAGGGUUGUCUUCUGCUUUUCCCAUGCAAUUAACAUGGUGUUGAAUUGGAAACAGAGUAACCAGGACUUGAACUGGUGGCCAUAUGGGAUGCCAGCAUUGUGGGUGGCAGCUUUACCCAUUUCAACACAACACUGGCCCCAAUAUCAUUUUUUUGAAAAGCAUUCCAGGCUGGUGCUGAGGUCCAGGAGGAUGAGCCUCUGUGUGCAAUGCUGACAUCCCAUAUUGGAGCACUGGUUUGUAUCCCAGCUGCUCUGCUUCUGAUUUAGAUCCCUGAUAAUAUGCCUGGGAAGGCAGCAGAAGUCGGCCUAAGUACUUGGGCCCUGAGACCUGGAUGGACAGCCAUUUGGGGAAUGAGUCAGCAAAUGGAAGCGCUCUCCCUUCCUCUCCCUCUGUCAUUCUGCCUUUCAAAUAAAUAAAAUACAUCUUAAAAAAAAAAAAACUCUUCUCUUUCCCUAAAAUUCUUACAUUUGACAGUUCUCUUUGUUCCCCAUCUUGCUCUCAUCUCAAAAGCUCCUCCUCACUGUUGGACAGGUUCAAUCAGCUUCUCUUUCCUCAAUGGGUCCUUCCUCAGAAAUUCCAUCCGUACCCCUUACAAGUGGAAGCAUCAGGAGUAUCUGUUGUCCUUCAAGUUUGCCCUUGCCCAGGCCCCUAAGGCACCACACUGCAACCAGUGUUUGAAGCAGGGGUUAUGAUUAUUCCUAAACUGUAACAGUGGAAGAAGAGGCUCAGCGAACUUAGUGCUUGCCCACAAUGCAACUUACAACUGAGGGAGUCAGGAUUUGAACCCAGGUAUCUUUGACUUCAAAGCUGACGUUCUGUGAGUCUCACCAUGCUCUCUUCCCAUCCAUCCCAUAACUAUGUUUCAUCAGCACAUCAUCCUAAGUGGAAGUAGACAGCCCAGGCUGUUCUGGGUCUCAGCUUCAACAAUGUGCCGUAUGCUGUUCAACCAGAGGGAGAGAAAUGAAAUAACCUUUCUCUGUCCUUUUUUAUGCCAAAAUCCACCCACCGCUCUUCCUCCUCCUCUCUGUACUCCUCGGUCUCCUGAGAAAAGGAGGAAGGAAGAGAAGAAAAUGUGAAAGAAGGGAAAAUAAGAGAAUAGGCUAAAGGAGGCUUGUGGGUGGUUUGAUGAUGCUGUUUUAACUUGGUCAGAAAUAGAAGUAAAUUAAAGGCCUCUAAAGCGCUGUGGAAUGUGACUGCACCUUCUUGUACUUUACCCCAAGACUUGGUUAUAGCUGCUGGAAGUUGGGAAGUUCAAGUAAACUUCGAAAGGGCAACUGUUUGAACAGAAUCAUUUAGUUUAGUGAUAACAGUUAUCAUUUAUUGGGGAUCUUUUAUGUGCCAAGGUUACUGUAAGGGUAGAGCUAUGUACAUAAAUGACUAGAUGUGGUUCCUGGCAUAUAGUAGACUCCCAAAGAGCUAUAUUAAAAGCAUCUUGAAUCCUCACAUCAGGCCUAAAAGGUAAGGUCUUUUUGUUUCCACUUUGCAGUGAAAGAAACUGAGGUUCAGAAAUGUAAGUGUCUAAUCCAAGGAAAUGUAGGUAAUAAGCCUUUGAGUCAGGAUUAGGAAAGCAGAGGAAUAAUAAUAAUUGUAGCCCUGGGAUAAUGCCUUAGGUGAAUUAUUUCAUUUUAUUCUCACAAUUAUCCUACCAGACAAGCACAGUUACUGUCGUCCAUCUACAAUGAACAAACAGAAACUUGGGAUGUUCAAACAAUUUUCCUGACAUCACACAGCUGACAAGCCAGAAUUUGAACCCAAGUCUAAUUCCAGAGCUCACACACCAUACAGUGUAUCAGAGCUGUUUCUGCUUGGGGAAAGCCUGGCAUGCUGUCAUCCAAAAGGCUUUGCAGGGGUGUGCCCAUUACACUAGUGACUUGACCACAGCUCAGGACCCUCAGCCUGCAGGCAAAGAUUUGAUUUGGUCAGCCUUUUGAGAACCAGUCCAUCUCUCAGAGGCAGACUCACAUGAAUGAAACUCACAAGACUGAAAAACCAGAGGAUCAGUCUAUUGAAAAUGAAAAAUAGAGCUACAUGUGAGGUCCAUGUGACCAGUGCAUUCCCUCACUGUAUAUAGGCCUCUGUAUAAAUCCAAAUUUUAAUCCAUAAUUAUUUACUAAAUAUGGAAUCCAUGCAAAGAGAAAUAAUUAGAUGACUUAAAAGAAUGUUGGCCAUAUAGUAAAGACUCUAAAUCUUAGUUGUGGUUAUUAUUAGUAGUAAUACUUGCAUACACCAGAGGGAGGUCAUGAGUCUCCUAAACUUACUUUCAAUGAAAAAGAAUUUUUUUUUAAAUCUUUUGUUAUUUAUUUGAAAGAGUUACAGAGGGAGAGGGAGAGACAGAGAGAAAGGUCUUCCAUCUGGUUUACUCCCUAGAUGAUCACAACAGCCAGCACUGGGCCAGGCCAAAGCCAGACAGGGACCCAGACACUUGGGCAUCUUCUGCUGCUUUUUCCAGGCCAUUAUCAGGGAGCUGGCUCAGAAGUGGAGUAUCUGGGACAUGAGCUGGUGCCCAUAUAGGAUGCUGGCAUCACGAAUGGUAGCUUUAUCCACUCUGCCACAAUGCCAGCCCCACACAAAAAAUAUUUUAUAUGGGUGCAUUUAUGCAUCUUUCCAGGGAAAAGUCUGUAUCUUUAGUUAAAGUAUCAAAGUGUUAGAGCUCUACAAGAAAUGUUAAAAGCCAUAACAUACACUCAAUAUUAUACAGAAUCCUGGAUACCUUGAUGAAGCAAACAAAAUUGGUUUGAUAUUAUUUCAGAACUAAAGCUAUUAUGCUAUGUUGCAGAAUAGGUUAUACUUAAUCUAUUUUGAUUAAUAUAGCCUCUUAGUUUAUGAGUCAGUUUUGAGGAUUUUUUAUCCACAUAAUAUCUUUUUUUUAUAAAGAUUUAUUUAUUUAUUUGAAAGUCAGAGUUACAGAGAGGGGAGAGGCAGAGAGAGAGAGAGAG